ACGAAAAAAAAUGCAAAUAAACAAUCAAAAGAUGCCAUCUGUCCUGCACAGCUCAGCUUAUUUAUUUUUUUCCGAUUCUGGGGUUAGUUCAGGGGCUUAACUUAUGGUUUUGCCCUACUUUCACCCUGUAAUUAUGUUUGGUUUGAAGGAUAGUGGAAAAGUGCAGGAAAGGGGAGGGAUGAGUUUACGCUGUGAAAUUUCUCCUGUUUCCCUCAAACCAAUUUCUAAAGCUAGCACUCAACUGGUGCCCAAGAUCUUCUCCGCCCAAUUGCCGGACUUGGUGAGGUUUUUGGGGGCUGUUCCUGUUCAUGCUUGCUCUUGUGGAUACCUUGGAGGCCUUUUUCUUUAAAAGCUGCUGGUUCGGAAAUCCUCUGCAGCAAAUAAACGCUCCACAUUCUAAAGAGGUUAGUCGCGAUCUCCCUGGAUUCGGAUGAAAAUUUUCCAUGGAUCCUUCCUCAGUCUUUU